AUGUCAUCUGGCAGCGGAAUCGGAGGUGGACAGCGUGCCCAACCAGCAACCAGCAAAGCCAACAGCCUCCAACAGCAGCUAUCUCCUCCGGGAAGCCCAGCUCUACCACCAUUUGAUCGACAAGUAUCCACUGCUCAGCCUCCAAAGAUUAUCUUCGAAAUGGUUCAAAUCAAGGCCCUCGUCACCCUCAUGCUCGUGGGAACUUCCCUUGCAGCACCUCUCACCCGCCGCCAGCUCGCCGGCGAGGGUGCAGCAGCUGAUUCUCUGCUUACCGACACUGACAACGGUGUUGGAUAUGGCACCGAGAACGCUGAGGACAACAUCGCCAACACCAUCUCUAGCAUCACGGGAGACUCAGCGGGCAACACCAGCGGUGGUGGCUCAAGCGGAAGCCCACCUCCUCCACCUCCCCCCAAAGGAGGUCACAAGCGUCAGUUGGACAAGGUAUCUGCCGGUCUUCAGGCAAUUGGCAACUCUGCUGGCCUCGGCGAUGCCACGGCACCUGUCACAUCAGCGGGAGAAUCAAUUGAUGGCACACUGACUGGUGAUGCCGCCAAUGCCGGUGCUGAGCUUGGCAGCACUGAAGAGACCACAUUGGAGAAUGCUGGCAGUUCUGUCCCAUAG